UAUGACAUGGUCUCCUUCCCUGUGGUGGCUGUGAACAUCUCUCUGGAGGAAUGGCUGUGCCUGGAUGCCUCUCAGUGGAAGCUCUACAGAGAUGUGAUGCUGGAGAUUUAUGAACACCUAAUGGAAGUGGGGCAUUGCAAGGUGAAACCUGUGCUAAUCUCCUGGUUCGAGGAUGGAAUCCUGGAGAGGCUGCUGAGAGGUAUGUUUGCAGAAACAAAGCCAGAAAUCUACCCAUGUCCCUUCUGCUCAUGGACUUUCUCCACUCGGAACUUCCUCAAUCAUCACAUGAACCCAAGUCUUCCCUCUCGGAUCUUCCCAGGAACAUCGGUGGUACACCAGAAGACACAGAAGAGAAACCUCAUGUUUUGA